UGAUGGAGCGAGGAGAGAGUCAGGAAAGAGAAAAAGUCUUCUAGUCACUCAAGGCUUGUUCCAGCAUCUUCUGCACCCGUUGCCAUGGCUUCAUCCGUCAUUUCUGCGCUGAGCGUGAGUCUCUGUGCACUGGGGUUCAUUCUCUACAGCAGUCCGGCAGAGGCUCAGGCGGAUUUAGCAUUGGACUGUUGCCUGAUGGUUAGCUAUAAAUCCAUUCCCAAACACAUCCUCCUUACUUACUGGAAGCAGUUUAAAGGUGACGGCUGCCCCCGUGAUGCUGUUAUAUUCACGACCAGGAGAGGUCGUAACCUUUGCGCCCCGCCUGCCGCUGACGUGCAGUGGGUUAAAGAGACUAUCAACUUUCUGGACACUAGGCUGAAGAAGUGCAAAGAAACCAAAUUCAGUGAGAAACGCUGUCAUGGCCUGAAGAUUUAGACUGUUUGAGUGUGAACACACACACACACACACACAUUCAAUGGCAGCUAACGUCUUUCUGUUUUAUAAAUGCAGUUCUUCCUCACUCAGCAUUGCCUAUGAUAAAAUCAGGCCAAGUUGUGUGAACUUAUUAUUCACAAAUAUAUAUAUUUUUCUGUUUGUUUGUUUGUAUUUUCAUAUAAUCAUCUUGUUGAAUUUAAUAAAUGAGUUGACAAACACAA